AUGUAAACGUAUUCCCUGUAUAUCCUGUGUCUGUGUACAGGAUAUAGCGCUUGUCUAAAACAGGUCACGGUAGUAUCUUAUUGGUUAUAACGGUGUGAUCGCUGCCCUCGGGGCGGUUCUUGGGGAACUUUACACGGACUUACUUAUCUGUUAGUGUCAUGUUGUAAACAAGAACUUUUGUAAUGCGCAUCAAGCGGUCGUUAGAGCAGCUCCAUCUACUGUUAGCCUAGCUUGGUGCUGAAGUGGUCGAGUUAGUGCAGGUGUGUAUUGUUCUGUUUGGUUCUGUUCAGUUCAGUUCACCAACAACACUACACUAUUCUCUCGGACAUGGAUCCACUCGGAACCUUCGUCGCGGCUCUCGGGUGCUCAGCCUGCGUCGUGGUGUGCGGGCUUGUGUUCGCAGCCCACAAACUUGGACUGUUCUACCAACUCUUCCACAAGGUUGAAACCCAGAGUCCACGUCACGGUGGGGAGAGCGUGGCCGAGGUCCUCCGCGCCCAUGGAGUCAAGUUUGUCUUCACCCUCGUGGGCGGACACAUCUCGCCCAUCCUGGUGGCCUGUGAGAAGGUCGGCAUCCGUAUCGUGGACACCAGACACGAAGCCACUGCUGUGUUUGCUGCUGAUGCUGUGGCCAGACUGUCAGGCACCGUGGGUGUAGCGGCGGUCACUGCUGGCCCAGGUCUGACGAACACAGUGACAGCUGUGAAAAAUGCCCAGAUGGCUGAGUCUCCGCUGUUGCUAAUGGGCGGCGCCGCUGGAACACUUCUUCAGGGGAGAGGAGCACUCCAGGACAUCGACCAGAUGUCUCUGUUCAAGCCCCUGUGUAAGUUCUGCGCGUCCAUCAGGACGGUCAGGGAGAUCGUGCCCACCAUCAGGAAAGCCCUGGCCAUCGCUCAGUCUGGAACCCCCGGUCCUGUUUUCAUAGAGUUCCCCAUUGACACACUGUACCCCUACCACCUGGUGGCCAAAGAGCUCGGGGUGACAAAUGUGCCCAAAGGGCUGAUGGGAAAAAUCAUGUCUUGGUAUCUCAACAACCACCUUAAAAACCUGUUUGCUGGAGCUUGGGAGAAAAGGGACGUGUCUCCACUUCCUGUUAACAUCCCACUAUCUACAAAUGAUCAGGUGCAGAGGUGCAUAGAGUUGGUCAGCCGAGCCAAGAAACCUGUGAUUCUGCUGGGCAGCCAGGCUACAUUACCUCCGACACCGGUCGAUGACAUCAGAAAGGCCUUGGAGGUUCUGGGUAUCCCGUGUUUCCUGGGGGGCAUGUCUCGUGGCCUGCUGGGUAAGAAUAGCCCCAUUCACAUCAGACAGAACAGAAGAGACGCUCUGAAGGAGGCAGAUCUGGUGCUCUUGGCAGGUACCGUGUGUGACUUCCGCCUCAGCUACGGCAGAGUGCUCAACAGAAGGAGCAAAAUCAUCGCUGUCAACAGAGACAAGAGUCAGCUUCUGAAAAACUCAGACAUGUUUUGGAAACCAACGCUGGCCAUUCAAGGUGAUGCUGGUUCAUUCCUGGUGCAGUUGUCCAAGGGUCUGAAGGGCCACCGCUGUCCAGAGGAGUGGACGCAGAGCCUCCGAGCAGGAGACGCCACCAAAGAAAACACCAACAGGGCUAAGGCUGAUGAGAAGACGGAUCGUCACCUGAAUCCCCUGAAGGUGCUCCACACCGUGGAUGAGCUGAUGGCGGAGGACAGCUUCAUCGUUGCUGACGGAGGAGACUUUGUCGGAAGUGCUGCUUACAUCAUGAGACCUCGGGGGCCGCUGCGCUGGUUGGACCCAGGUGCCUUUGGAACUCUUGGAGUCGGAGGAGGAUUUGCCCUCGGGGCAAAACUGUGCCGUCCUGACUCUGAGGUGUGGGUCGUGUAUGGAGAUGGCUCCCUAGGAUACAGUGUGGCCGAGUUUGACACCUUCACAAGACACAAGACUCCAGUCAUAGCUGUGGUAGGAAACGAUGCCUGUUGGAGUCAGAUCUCCAGGGACCAGGUUCCAAUCCUUGGCAGCAACGUGGCGUGUGGCCUGGCGUUUACGGAUUAUCACACGGUGGCUGACGGGUUCGGUGGUAAGGGCUACCUGAUAGGGCGUGAUGAUGAGGACAGGCUGAGUGACAUCAUCAGGCAGGCUCAGACGGAGGCCAGGGAGGGGAAGGCCACACUUCUCAACGUCCUGAUAGGAAAGACGAACUUCAGAGAGGGUUCUAUCUCUGUCUGAACUCGAACUCGGUUUUGGUUUGGUCUGUUGCCUUCACAGAGUUCUAAUGUCAGGAUCUCCUCACAACUGCAGCCUGACUGCACCUCUGCUAACCCUCCUGUGCCCUUAAAGCCAUCUCUCCAUAACGUCUACGUCCAAUCAGAAAUCAGGUGAUCAUAAUUCUCCUCAUUUUUCUUUUUUUUUUUUUUUUGUGUGUCAGGAAUUUUACUAAAACUUUGCUCAAUUUAACUGGUCAAAGUUGAUAACUACACCUGUAGUAUUAAUGAAUUAACCAAUUAAUUAAUUGAAAUUUUAAUUCAUUAUUUGUUCUAAAAAAAUAUUUUGCUGCCUUGAAAGAAAGAUUCAAAAAUGUCCUGUUUGUUAAAGGGACGGUAGAGUUUAGUCAGCUUGGACUUCAGUCAAUCAUACGGCAAAUUAAAAAAAAAAAUUAAAUUAAAAAGUUUCCUUAAUUCACUUGACGUUGUUGUGGCUCAGCACAGCCACAGGGUGGUGUUUCUGUUGGUUGAACCUCUGUGAGUGAGGAAAGAGUUUUGAAGUCUGUGCGUUUUGUCUCUUUUUUUUUUAAAAUGACAAGCAUUUAUUAAUGAAUUACAUGAAUGUAAUGAAAUGCAAUACUCUUUUUGGUACUUUAUUCCCGUCUUGAAGACGCACCCCAGUCAGACGCUCUUUUUAAAUGAUUGAUUUUGCCCCUGUAUGGGAAUGGUAGUCUAGGAACGUUAGGGUAAAUCACACUAAAGAAAGAAUUAAAAAAAAUUAAAGAUUUUUUUUUCUUCUUAUAUUAUUUAUUUCAUAUUUAAUUUUGAGAAUUAAUCAAUGUGUAUGUUUUUGACUGUUGACAUAAAAUGCCUUAAAUGUUUUUCUCUGUCUUCGACAUCAUACACUGAUCAAUACCAAAGAUUGAGACCCAUAUUGAUUACAAAGAAAGUAAUUACAUUGGCAAGAAAAAACAAGCUAAAGCAGAACUGCACUUAUGUGUACAUUAAAGUAUGUUACUUUACCGAUCAAAAUAAUUUAAAAUUAAAUUAUAUUUGUUGAAUUACUUGUGUAGCUAUUGGCUAAUCAUCAUACAAUUUCAUAAUUAACUCAUUAAAGUAACGUAUCAAUAAAUAAACUUGAAUAUUUAAUUGCUUUGAUUUAAAAUGCCCCUCCAGAUGUACUGUAUAGAACUCUGAUUUUUAAUUAAUAUUACUGUACACGUUAGUAUCAUUAUGUUGCAGUACCACUGUGUCACGUUGGUACUGCUCGGGGUAUUUUCAUCAAUAUAUGUUUGGUUGGAUUUGUUGUGAAUAAAGGGAAGAAUAAAAAAA